CUUCUCCUUCUUCUUGUCUUCUAUCUCAUCCUUUUGUUGUGCUUCUUCUUCCUUUACUUCUUCUUCAUCCACAUUCACGGCCUCCCUCCCUUGUCUCUCUCUGAUCGCUUCCUGUAUCCGAUAACCUUCCUUGCUACUCCGUACACACCCAACAGGUCGAUCCGAUGUCAUUCAUUUUCUAAAUUCGCCUCAAUGCCGACCCCCAGUGACAACACGCUUCGCCUCAAUGCUGCUUCGAUCGCUGAAGAAAUCCGUACCACCUGUCCACCGGAGGUCGAGCGAUUACCUGCCUGGAGAGAUUCCCCCGACUCGUCAACCGCGGAGAGCGAUGUCCCCGAGAAUGCUCUCUCCCCCGCCUCGGCGUCCUCCCAGUCCGUGCUGACCCGGUCGGACGAUGCCAUCGCACCCUCCCAGCCAGAUUUGUUGAGAGUGAGGAGUAAUACGGUGUCCGGCGCUCCUGCAAAGAGUCUCAGCAAGCCGGAUGACGAGCCAGUUGGGGGACGGCUAAGUCCGCCCACGAGGGAGCCGUCGUACCCAGCCAACCCGUCGCCAUCAGUCACGGCACCCUCAACGACUUCCCUGUUGAGUUACGAAUUCUCCAACAUCAGGCUUUUGCCUAAUUACACAUCCUCGUUUUUGCGCCCGGGGAGUAAGUUCACGGGCACGCAACAGUCGGAUCGUCAGGUGUACAAUGUCGACGUGGAAAUCAAGCAUGUCGACAUGGUCGAGUCCUACCUCUGUGGCUAUCUUCGCAUCCAAGGUCUCACGGAGGAUCACCCGACCCUGACAACAUUCUUUGAGGGAGAAAUCAUUGGGAACAAACAUACCUUCAAGACCAGGAAUGAAGCGUGGGGGGCCACCGAAAAGACCGAUAUGAUUCAUUGGGCGCGGUUCCCCGCCUGGCACCCGUUGGCCAAGCAGGCCAAGCGACCGGAUUUCACCUACCGGAAUUUCGCCCAGCGGGAACACAUUUUCAUGCGAUGGAAGGAGUACUUCCUUGUCCCGGACCAUCGGGUGAGGACGAUCUCGGGCGCCAGUUUCGAGGGAUUUUACUAUAUCUGCUUCAACCAGGUGGAGGGGACCGUGACUGGGAUAUACUUUCAUGCCAAGAGUGAGAAGUAUCAACAACUGGAGCUUAAACAUGUGGAAGACCAUGGAUGCACGCCAGCGAUCGAGUUCCGUUGAACAACAUACCAUUCCUUACGCGUCAGUCACUCAGCCACCACUACACACAUCUUCUUUAGCCUCAUUCCGCCUCUACCUCGUCGUUCUCCACUCCCAUUUGGCCCCGAGUUUCCGGCUGCGACGUCUACUUCCACGAUGCUUCCAAGACAGUUGUCUCGUUCUGUCAGCUCCUGGGAAGCAACCUUCUUCCACCCUAUACCGUAACGCUUUAUGAUGGUGCUCUUCUUUGAAAUGGCGUAUCUAUUGGACAAACAGGUUUUGAUCAUUGACUCUGCAUGUUCAGUGUAUCCAGAUUUUCCCCUCUCUCUUCUCUUUUUUUUUUU